CUCCCCACACUUUCAAUUUAGCCUCCCAAAGCUUUCUGGGAAUAGUGGGCUGAUUAUCAACUACGAAUCCCGGCAAGCAGUGCGCUACGCAAGGCCUCAAGAGGAGGGGCUGCAGCGGUCUAGCCCCAAGGAGCCAGGCCUAGACGUGACAAAAGUGGGUCCUUGGGGAUGUUCUGUCCGUGCUUCCUGUUUCUCACACCUCCGGGAACCCUGGCUUGGCAGACGGGCGACCUAGAACCACUCAUUUCUUCUUGAAAAUAGGAAAGGCAGGAGUGUUCGAUCGAGCAGCUGCAGCACAGGUGAGCAUGGGGAAGCGAUACUUCUGUGACUACUGUGACCGCUCCUUCCAGGAUAACCUCCACAACCGAAAGAAGCACCUGAAUGGGCUACAGCACCUCAAGGCCAAGAAGAUGUGGUACGACAUGUUCAGAGAUGCGGCUGCCAUCUUGCUGGAUGAGGAAAACAAGCGACCCUGCAGGAAGUUCCUGCUGACAGGCCAAUGUGACUUUGGCUCCAAUUGCAGAUUUUCCCAUAUGUCGGAGCAAGACCUACAGGAGCUGAGCAUCCAGGUGGAGGAGGAAAGGCGGGCCAGAGAGUGGCCAUUGGAAACCCCUGAGCUCCCUGAGGGCCAUCUGGAAGACUGGCUGGAGAAGAGAGCCAAGAGGCUGAGCUCAGCCCCAAGCAGCAGGGUCGAACCUCUCAGAGCCACCGUCUUCCAGUACCCUGUAGGCUGGCCGCCAGUCCAGGAGCUCCCCCCCUCCCUGCGGGCACCCCCACCAGGGGGCUGGCCCCUGCAGCCCAGAGUACAGUGGGGCUGAGGUCCUUACCCAUGCUUAACUCCCACUGGCCACUGUCCCACCAAUCACAAUAAAGACACUUGUAUACACUGGAGAGACCGAGCUCCUUCCUGCUCUGCCCCACGGAGCCCUGAGACUGGGAUUGACCGCUCUAGGGCUCAGGAGCCACAGCAGCAGCUGCAGCCCCAUUCUCCAUCCUCCCCUCCUUCAUGGGACGUCUUGAGAAGAUGAGCAGGAAAACUUCCAGAUGUUUAUAAAGAAAGCUUGUCCCCAA